AUGGCAAACGGCUUGAACAUGGGUUCUCUCAAGAUUGACGAUUCUCAGCAUUCUGCGGUCCCGAACCCGACCGGUCGAUCUGCUUAUAUCCCUCCCCAUCUCCGUGGUCGCGGUGCCGCUCCUCCUGUGGGCAUCGACGGAAACGGCCCUCAAGGUAGCCAGGGCUUGAACGCGAGUGCUUGGGCUCCAAAUAACGCUGGACCCCAUCAUAAUGCUGGUCCUAACUGGGCUAAUGCUCCAAACUUCACUCCCCGCGAUCGUCCACCCGGACCAGCUCCAGCUAUGAACGGCAGUGCUACCUGGGGUAAUGGCGCUCCCCGCCAGUUCAACCCAAAUGAGUACGGAAAACCUGGCGGUGGCGCCAACUCGUAUAGAGGAUCUUCGGGGUACUCAAGAGGUCCACGCGGCGCCGGUGGACAUGGAUACUGGGAUGAACGCGGAAGCCACGUUCAGGGCCCAGAGAACAAACGUCUAGAGCUCGAACUCUUCGGAGAAGCCGACGACCCCACUAAGCAACAUACUGGUAUCAACUUUGCCAACUACGAGAAUAUCCCUGUCGAAGCUAGUGGUCAUGACGUCCCGGAAUGCAUCACCGCCUUCACCAACCCCCCUCUGCAUGAGCACCUGCUUUCCAAUAUCAUACUUUCCCGCUACACAGUUCCCACCCCGGUCCAGAAGUACUCUAUUCCCAUCGUUAUGGGUGGUCGUGACCUGAUGGCAUGCGCUCAGACAGGCUCUGGAAAGACCGGCGGUUUCCUGUUCCCAAUCCUUUCCAAGAGUCUCGAGAAACGGGGUCCUGAAGGAGACGCCCCUCGAGGACUUGGCCGUCAGAGCAAGGCAUAUCCUACCGCUUUGAUCCUGGGACCCACUCGUGAGCUCGUCUCUCAAAUCUACGAUGAGGCCCGCAAAUUCUGCUACCGCACAGCCCUGCACCCUCGUGUCGUCUACGGAGGUGCUGAGAUGGGCAACCAACUCCGUCAGCUUGACCAGGGCUGCAAUGUCCUCGUUGCCACACCUGGCCGGCUUGUCGACAUGAUGGAACGUGGUCGCAUCUCGCUCUCCCAUAUUCAAUACCUGGUCCUUGAUGAGGCUGAUCGUAUGUUAGACAUGGGUUUCGAACCUCAAAUCCGCCGCAUUGUCCAGGGAUCCGACAUGCCUGAUAAGCACUUCCGUCAAACCCUCAUGUUCUCCGCCACCUUCCCUCCAGACAUCCAAAAACUAGCAGAAGAGUUCCUGAAGGACCACAUCUUCCUCUCUGUGGGUCGCGUGGGAUCCACAUCGGAAAACAUCACCCAACGCGUCAUAGAAUGCGACUCGGAUAAGGACAAGGACUCCGCCCUUCUCGACAUCCUCUGCAGCGACUCAACUGGCCUAACCCUUGUCUUCGUCGAGACCAAACGCCAAGCAGACAUGUUAUCUGAUUUCCUCCUCGAUCACCGCUUGCCCGCAACAGCCAUCCACGGCGACCGGACACAGCGCGAGCGUGAACGAGCUCUCGAACUCUUCCGCACAGGCCGCUGUCCCAUCCUUGUCGCAACAGCUGUCGCAGCCCGUGGUCUUGACAUCCCCAACGUAACCCACGUUAUAAACUACGACCUCCCCAACGAAAUAGACGACUAUGUCCACCGUAUCGGCCGGACGGGUCGUGCUGGCAACACUGGACUGUCCACGGCGUUCUUCAGCCGGAGCAAGAAUUUCAAAAUCGCUCGCAGCAUGGUUGAUCUGCUUAAGGAUGCUAACCAGGAAGUUCCAGAUUUCUUGGAAAAGCUUGGACGGCAGGGAAGCUAUUAUGGCUCCAGUAGUGGACGAGGCGGUGGACGUGGUGGUGGACGAGGCCGUGGCUCUUCUACGCGUGAUGUUCGUCGUGGUGGUGGCUAUGGCGGCAGCGGCGGCGGGAUGGGUGGUGAUCGACCUCAGUAUGGCGGGUACGGUGAUGGUGGCGCCGGCUAUGGCGGCGGCCCUGGCGGUUAUGGUGGUGGCUACGGUGGUGGAUAUGGCAGUGGAGGGUAUGGCAACCCGAGCGGGCCUACUGGACCAAGUUCGUGGUGGUAA